ACUCUAAGCAAGCGAGCACAACUCAAAAGUCAAAGCCUCGUAUACGAGAGCAAGCUUAGCUACAAAUUAAGCUCUCUAGCACUAACACUGAAGACCUGGCCGGCCUGAUGGAGCAGGUGACGAAGCUAGCGGGGCGGCGGGCAGUGGUGAUCUUCGGCAUGAGCUCCUGCUGCAUGUGCCACACGAUGACGAGCCUACUCCGGGAUCUCGGGGCGAACCCGACGGUGGUGGAACUGGACGAGGAACCUAGGGGGAAGGAGAUGGAGAAGGCGCUGGCGCGGCUCAUCGGCCGGAACCCUGCCGUGCCGGCGGUGUUCAUCGGCGGCAGGCUCGUCGGAUGCACCGACAAGGUCAUGUCCCUUCACCUCAGCGGCAAGCUUGUCCCGCUGCUUCGUCAUGCAGGUGCAGUCUGGGUGUAGUGCAUGGGAAGGUUUUGUAGAUAUUCGGCCUGAUGCAGAGAAUAAUGUAAUACACGUACGUGUACGUGCUCUGUUAUCCUUUCUGUAUUAGGUGAUGUGGAGACCAAGGAAAUCAUGUAGGUGUUUCUUUUUUUUAAACUGUAGCUGGGAGUACCUGUCCUGUCAAAGUGUUAAGCAUUAUAAUUAGUGUUGUCUUAGUUAAA